AUGAGUCCUUUAUCCGCCAUACUUGCUUCGCUCCUAGUAGCCAAUGGCGCCUUCGCUGCACCCGCUGUCAUCGCUCGAGAGACCCCCUCCGGCUUUGACCCAAAUAGCUACCAAAAGCAAUUCGUCCAAUGCAAUGCUGUUGAGCGCAGUGGACUUACACCACAGAACAUUACGUUGAAGCUGGGGUACCUCGAUAUUAACCCUACGGCAAAGAAAACUAUUGUCAUGGUUCACGGUUGGCCCAGUCUAUGGACCACGUACCGCAAUCAGAUCGAAGCGUUCGGGUCCGAGUAUCGAUUGAUUAUCCCCGAGAAUCGUGGCUACGGCGAUUCAGAACACCCAAAGGACCUCUACUCGUCUAACACUAUGGGCGAUUUUGUCAACGACAUUGAAUGCAUGAUGGAUAACGCCGGCGUCGCCUCAGGCGUCUGCAUGGGCAACGACUUCGGCGCCCAAGUCUGCUGGGAAGCCGGCCUCCUAAGCCCCAAUCGCUUCAAAGGUGUCUUUAACGUCGGCGUCCCGUUCAUAUCCUCCGCUCGUGAAUUCAAAACCAAUGAACAAUUUUCCCAAGUCGCCCCCAACCUCGGCUACACUUUCUACCUAUCCAAUAAUGCAACUGGGGCCAGCAAAGAGAUGGAUGCCGAUCCACGCUCUGCUAUCCGCGCUUGCGCUCAAAUUGCCGCUACUGUCCCUCCUCACGAUUUCUUAAGCAGCAAGACCAGUUUCCUAGAACCGUGGAACGAGUGGGAGAAAGAGAACAACGUUACCACGAUCCCAUUCUCUGGAAUCAUGAGCCAAGAGGUCGAAGAUUAUAUGGUGGAGUCGUAUCAAAAGCAGGGAUUUUUCAAUACUUACAAUGGCUAUCAAGCCAACAACCGCCUCGAAACCUACCUGAACCAGAAAAAGCUCGGCAAAACCAGCCUCUCGCAGCCCGCCUUCGUGCUCUUUCCUACACGCGAUCCAGUGGCUAAUUGGCAUGACUGGUCCCUGCAAGAGGAGUCGUACAAAUACUUGGCCAAUUUUUAUAAUGCCACAACCCCCUCGGCACAUUGGGCGCAUGAAGAGCUGCCAGAGGAAUUCAACCUCCAUUUUACCCAGUGGAUUGGCAACGUUACCUUCGACGCCUAG